AUGACCGACUUGUUCGACAUUGCACCGCGGGACAAUCCCGUGGCACUGGAACGCAAACUGAAGCACGAGUGGAUGCGAAGAAAGCACAUGAGCGAAUCCUAUUGGAUGUUGAUCCGAGCAAUUUGGGCCAUCGUCUGGGUGGAUUACUCGUUCGUGUGCCUGUGCUCACUGAUCGCCAGCUUGUGCGAGGUGGCCCUGCCCAUCGUGUUCUCCUGGAUCAUCGUGUUUGUGUCCGCCAAGGACGCUGAAUGGUGGGAAGGUCUCAUGUACGUGCUGCUGGUGCUCUGUAUCCUCGCUGCUCGUGUGGUAUUCCGUGCGAGGUGGUACUACGCCUCCGUGCGAGUGGGCAUGAACAUAUCGUCGAUGCUGCAGGCCAUGGUCUACCGCAAGAGCCUCAGGCUUCAGCGCGUCUCCAAGGGCAACGCGACUAACUUGAUGAAUGUCGACUCGGCCACUGCUGGAAAGGUUGCCUGGUUCGUGCACCGGGCCGUGAGCCAGCCGCCGCAGUUCAUUUGUACCUCCCAACUGUCUCGAACUUAA